AACAUGCAUCUUCAGAGCAACAUAAAGAUGCAAUAAGACUUGAUGUUACUGAAAAAAUAGUUAAUAAAGAAUUGGAACAAUUUACAGAACAAAAUAAAAAUCAUAUGAUUGAAAUUGCAAAAAUUUCUUUAUUUAUUGUAGAUAAUGUUGUUAUUUAUGAAAAUAAAAUAUCUGGUCAUGAAUUUGCAUUUGCUAUAUCUAAUCAUAUUGAUAUAUAUGUAAUGUAUCUAAAUAUUUCUGGAAAUGUAAAAACAUAUUUUUUACAAUUAUUAGUACUUGAUCAAAGCAAUGCAGUAACAAUAACUACUAAAUUAAUUCAGCUAUUUCAAAGUUAUAAUAUUAUUAACAAAUUAGUAGCUUUUGCUUCAGAUGAUGCAUCUAUAAUAAUUGGAUGUAAAAAUGGUUAUUUGAUAUCAUUAAAUAAAAUUUUCCAAAAAAGUAAUCUUUAUUUUCAAGAUAUUAUUUCUAUAAUUGAUGCUACAACUAAAAUUAUUCAAAAAGAUUAUCUUGUAGAUAUUUUAGAUGUUCAAAAUCAUUAUCUGGGUUAUAAUCUUCAACUUUUUAUCAAUUAUACAAAUCCAUUCAAUAAGCAAACAGACAUAAAUUAUUAUACACAUUUACUUAUAUAUAAUAAUCAUGAUUUUGAUGAUUUAUUUCAAGAUAUUUACAAAUAUACAAGCACAAUUAUUACAGAAAUUAAAGAACAUUUUCCUGAUCAUCUUUUACUUGCAGCAAUGAGAAUUUUGAAUUCAGUAAAAUGA